AUGGCUGCUGUGCAAACAGACGUUUGCCUGUGGUCGCAACCUUGGGAGAGGCCUUUGUCCAUCUACGGAGGGUUGGUGUGUAACUCGCUGAUGGCUGACUUCUGGUCUGACAGAACUCCGCUCCAUGAAGCGGCCUUUCAGGGUAGACUCCUCCACCUCAGGGCCCUUAUCGCUCAGGGCUUCCAUGUUGACACAGUCACCAUGGACGGGGUCACGCCGCUCCACGAGGCUUGCCUCGGGGGUCGUUACGCUUGUGCCAAGUUUCUUUUGGAUAAUGGAGCAAAUGCAAUGGCAGUGUCAACAGAUGGCGCCACACCUCUCUUCAAUUCCUGCAGCAGCGGGAGCGCUGCCUGCCUCAAGCUCAUCCUGCAGCACAGUGCCUCCAUCCACACCACCUACCAGCUGGCAUCUCCAAUCCAUGAGGCUGCCAAGAAAGAUCACAGAGAGUGCCUGGAGCUGCUGCUGUCCCGUGGAGCUCAGAUUGAUCUGGAGCUGCCGGACAUUGGGACGCCGCUCUACUCUGCCUGCAUGGCCCGGGCUGCGGCCUGUGUAGAGGUGCUGCUGUAUUCAGGAGCAGAUGUUCAGAUCGGAUGUGGGCCGGACAGUCCUCUGCAUGCUGCAGUUUUGGGGGGAGGAGCUGACGUUGUGCAUCUUCUCCUGGACUUUGGAGCUGAUGGGUGUCGCAGGAACGCCGAGGCGAAGACUCCUCUUGAUCUGUCGAAGCCAAACAGCUCAGUGAGAGCUGCACUGCUGAGCAGAGGUCCCUGCUCUCUGUCUCAGCUCUGUCGCUUACGUAUUCGUCGAAGUCUCGGAAGGAGUCGUCUGCACAGGGCCUCCAGCCUCUCUGUCCCUCACAGUAUCAAGGACUUCCUCCUCUACCGAUGACACAUCUCUGCCAUCCUUCGCUUUUUUUUUUUUUUGCUUCGCCAUUCAAGAAGAAAGGAUAAAAGGCGUCCACAUUCAGAGAGUUUUCAUCCAUAGCUUCAUAAUUCAGAUGCUUUUAGUAUUAUAAUAACAUCUUUCUGAGAAUUGUGCAAUGAAAUAUUUUGGAUACAAGGGAGGGACGCUUCAGGAUAAGCUCUGUUCAUCCUGCAGGGACUUUAAUGUAUCAGGUUUUUGUAUUUUUGUACUUUCUUUUCAGCGCUCAUGAAUUUUACAUGAUUCCAAAAUGUUUUUAAAGUUGAACAUCGCCAAUUUUACACAUCAAAGUCUUUUAUGUUUGGGAGUACUUGUGCAUAUAUUAAAAAAAAUAAGUUGUAUAAAAACUGUAACUCCACAGGAAGCUUUGUGGCUGUCAUUUGAAUAAGCAUCAGCUGGGGGUGAAAACUGCAGAUCAGACCUUUUUGUAGCUUUGUAGCAACCACAGACUGUGUGCCUAUGAGUACAACACAGGAGAAUUCACACCACUAAUGUUAGAGAGUUGCAUUCUGGGUAAUGCAGG